AUGGAGUGGAUUGUUGUGACUGUGGCCAUCAUCGCCAUGAUCGUCUUGUUGUUGUAUGGUCCUUGUCUGGUGCCCCAAGGAUCAGGAAUUGGUACUGUUGAUGUAGACAGUGGUACUUUCGAGACAGGCACCUUCAACAGGGAUGGAGCUGAUGGCAAGGCCAUUCCAGAGCCCUGGUGGGCAGAUGUCACCAGCUCCAGGGCCGCAGGGCCCACCUCGAAGACUCCCUUCUCGAGGGCGGGGUGUGACGGGGCCAGCAGGUCGCGCGCCGGCGCUGGCCCGGACCCAGACCACGCGACCUGCCGGGUGCCCGCGGACCACGCCGCUCAAGCGCCAGCACCGCCCGCAGGCUGUGGCCCCGCCCCCCGCGCAGCCGCCCCGUCCCCGAGGCUGCAGGCUCUCCCCGCCCCUCGCGCCACAGUCGCGGUCCCGCCCCACCUCACCCGGUCCGGCACGCCCCGGCGCCAGAGCUCGUGCGCGCUCCCAUCCGCCCUCCCAGGGCCGCGCCGCGCGCGCGCGCCACUUUUGGGCGGGGCCCUGCAGUGA